CGCCGAAGAAGAAUAUGGAAGUUAUUUUAGUUUAGAUAACUUUACUUCACAUUUCAAGCAAAAAACAAUAUUAUCAUGUACGAAAAAGAUGUUCAGUAAUAUUUAACCCCUGGUUUUGUUUUAAUGACCUAAGUUAUAAAUACUGCUGCUCGUACCAUCAGCAAAGUCACGUACGAUAUUCCCCAAAAUGUCGAGAGCAAAGGUUGGUAUUAACGGUUUCGGUCGUAUCGGGAGACUUGUGCUCCGCGCAGCUUUCCAAAAGAACACCGUGGAUAUAGUUUCAGUGAAUGACCCCUUCAUAAAUUUAGAGUACAUGGUGUACAUGAUUAAACGUGAUUCCACCCAUGGGAAUUUUCAAGGCGAGGUGUCGGCAGAAGACGGAAAAUUAAAAGUCAAUGGAAAGUUAAUAUCUGUUCAUUUUGAAAGGGAUCCAAGAAACAUCCCAUGGGAUAAGGACGGGGCUGAAUAUGUCGUAGAGUCCACUGGAGUCUUUACGACCAUUGAUGCAGCUAAAGCUCAUACUGAAAAUAAUCGAGCUAAAAAGGUUAUAAUAUCUGCACCUUCUGCAGACGCACCCAUGUUCGUUGUUGGUGUGAAUGAAAAUUCGUACGAUAAGUCAAUGUCUGUGGUUUCUAAUGCAUCAUGUACAACCAAUUGUUUAGCACCCCUGGCUAAGGUUAUUCAUGAUAACUUCGAAAUAGUUGAGGGCUUAAUGACCACUGUGCACUCAUUUACGGCUACGCAAAAGGUUGUAGACGGACCAUCUUCAAAAUUAUGGCGAGAUGGUCGUGGAGCGAUGCAAAAUAUCAUUCCAGCUUCUACUGGUGCUGCCAAAGCUGUAGGAAAAGUCAUCCCAGCAUUGAAUGGAAAAUUGACGGGAAUGGCUUUCCGCGUACCGACACCGGACGUUUCAGUCGUUGAUCUGACAUGCAGAUUAGGGAAGAAAGCUACCUAUGAUCAAAUUAAGGCUGUGGUCAAAGCAGCUGCAUCUGGACCAAUGAAGGGGAUUUUGGAAUACAGUGAUGAUGAGGUCGUCAGUUCGGACUUUAUUGGAAAUAGCAGUUCAUCCAUAUUUGAUGCGAAGGCUGGGAUAUCUCUUAACGACAACUUCGUGAAAUUAAUUUCAUGGUAUGUCUUCAUAUAUUUUUGUUCCCUAACUUAUUUCAUGUAGGUACGAUAAUGAGUUUGGAUACAGUUGUCGCGUAGUUGAUCUCAUCACGCACAUGCAUAAAGUUGACCAUGCAUAGUGAAGUAGUUUCAACUGUAGCCGAGUCACUUUUUGUCAAUCGAUAGAUAACGAAUAAAGCGUUAAUCUGCCCACUUACUUUUCAGUUCUCUCUAUCACAUAUCAGUCAAAUAUUGUUUGGUUUCUUCUGUUAUUUUGCUUAGCAGCCAGUGUAAAGUAACAAGUGUUGAUUAUCGGACUUCGUUUAAGAGGGCUUACGUGGUCCUAAAGUAUGUGUUUCCAUCAAAUUGUCACUCGUCCUACCCUUUGGACGUGUGGUUGUGGUCCACCUAACUAACUUUCAGCAGUCACAAAAGUCCGAUAACAGUUUACAGAACAUAUUUGUGACUUCAGUUAUUACGUAGUUUGUAGUUCGCUAUACAUUUGAUUGUUGUGGACCUUUGUGCCCAUCUUAGACUUGCUGUUUAGAUAAUAAAAUUAAAGGAAAGGUAAUACCAUCCGAGUUUCCGUGCCUUAGUCUUUAAGAUGCAUGACAUCCUCAAUACUUGUUGAAUACCAUCAAAUAAGGUUCCCUUUUUACAGACAUCGUCAUCACAAUAACCAUUUUUGAAUAGACGGGAUGUUUACAUCUUCUGAGCGUUUCUAACAAUUAUUUGGUUCCACUCGUCAAAAGUAACCUCUGCUGAUCUGGCUUUUCAGUCAGCUACAAUGGAGGAUCAGGCACAUAUGCAUCGGUCCAAGUUGCCAUACCUCAUUAACACAACAUGAUGGACACCGGAUUCAUAAAAGUAGUUAAUUCAGUGGUGGUAAUAUAUAAAAGAAAGAUUGCAAUAAGGAUAUAGUACAGGAAAAAAUAAUUAGUUCGUAGAAGGAAAUAUAUGAAGCAAUUUUAAUCUCCUAGUUUAAGGGAAGACAGGGAGUGUAUACACCGACGCCAUUGUGAUCGAUUCUGAGCCAUGUCACCUACAGUAUCCAACCAUUGAUUAUGAUAGUUGCGCGGACUCCAACCAAGUAGUCUGCAUCUACCAACAUGGCUCAGACUAGAAGUUAGUGACUUCAAGCACUGAUGCCACGUUUCGAUUUGGCCGCCCCUAACUUUCUUCCAACCAUUUCCAACACCGGUUAGCAUUGCGCGUCGUGGUGAUCGGUGUUCCGGCAUAUAUAACACGUGGCCUAACCAUCUCAGCCGGUGAAGAUUCAUAACCUCAUCAACUGAUUUACCAUCAUUCCCUAAUACCCUACGUCUAACCUCACUGUUACUUGCCCGGUGGUCGCAGCAGAUGCGAGCAAUAUUUCUAAGGCAUCUGUGGUCAAAUACUAGUAGCUUACGAGUAUCUCCUACUCUUAGUGGCCAUGUUUCGCUAUCGUAAAUUAAAACAGAACGAACUGCCGCGCAGUAUACUCGUCCCUUAAUUGAUAGACUGAUAUCUCGCCUUCGCCACAAGUGACGUAAGUUAACAAAGGCUAGACGAGCUUUUCCAAUCCGUGCAGAGAUUUCGUCAGACACCAACCAUUAGGGUUGAUCUGACUUCUAAGCUAAGUGAAGUUGUCGACGUGUUCGACUACUUCACUCCCUAUCCUUAGUUCAGGUGUUGACGCAGGCCAGUCCUGAAGCAACGAUUUGCAUUUAGAGGGAGAGAAGCGCAUUCUAAACAUUCUGGCAUUGUUGCUUAGUGCUACCAAAAGACUGCAUUUUAUCAGCGUCUUCACCAAACAGGACUAUAUCAUCUGCGUAUUCUAAAUAGACAAGUGGACCUCCUGGAAGGAGAUCAAUACCCUAGAAUUCAGUAGACGAGAAUGUCAUUUCCAUCAGUAUGUCUAUGAUGAAGUUAAACAAAAAUGGAGAAAGUGGACAGCCUUGACGGACACCACUUGAGUUUGCAAAAGCUGAUGACAGUCGACCAUAAGCUUCUAGUAGUUUUUGAUGGUAGUUGUUCUGAUUCCACGAAUGGUUUGUUACUUAGCAGUAGUUUUAUCGGGAUUACUUCAGUCUUUCUGAAGUAAGCUGAGAUCCCAUUUACUUGGCCAUGCUUAGCAGGUUACUGUAGGAUAUCACAGACCGCAAGUGAUGUAAUUUUCUGAAGGCAGGAUUCCCAUGUUCUAUCGCGUUUAACUACCUGCCGUUCGCUGCAUUGCAUAUCACAAGGGUUAUCCCCAGUAAAAUAGGCUACAGACGAAGUUGGGCAAUUCAUCAGGUAAGGCUGUAGUCCUGUUAAACGGGUUUAGGCGGGUCUGUUUCGGACGUCGAUCAUCUGUUGCGUUACGGGCACAGGUAUGCUGCACUGCGGGUAAGACUCAAAAAUCUAUUCGAUAUUGCUCCCUGAAGACAUCUUUAGUGCCUCAUCUUUCGAAAUUGGGUGUGUGAUAACUCAUGCGUUAGUGUUUCUAACUUAGAGGCAAAAAUAGUUAAACCAGUGUCGGAAUGUUUACUAUUUCGUCAUCAGUAAGAACUACACUGUUUGCCGGAAUUUGAAGGAACAGAUGUUAUUAGAUUUAUUAAAAUGAAUUUCACACAAAACUAUGUCUGUGCUUACCAAGCGUCACUAUCGUGUUACAUUUGUGCCCAGACUCAUGAGGAAAACUAGAUUUAGCGCUAACCAGCUGUUUAUCUUUUUGAUGUUAUUGCGACUACUACUUAACCUCCCACAAUGGCUUUCAAAGAUGAUGCUUACCAGAAGAGUAGGGUUCAAACAGUCUGAAAACAAGAAACUAGUAGUUAGAUGUUUUGUUCAAAUUUCUCAUAUAACUAAUCAGCCAUUACUCAUACUUGUGAUGCCUGAGUGUGAUCAGUUUGAUCCCGUGUGAUGAAAUGCUCUCGAACUACUGGAGUUUUAAGCGGGUGCGGAAGACACGUUUGGUGCUCCAUGAAAUCGAAUGGUUUCCUUAGUGUUAGUUCAUGAUAAGAAAUUAGUUACCAAUUAAAUAGGAUGUUCACCUGGUACUGUACUAUAAUUUAAUGGUUGAAAUCAUGUGUUUACGAAAAAAAAACAUGGAAAAAUUUUCGCCUAGAAACCUACUUAGCGCGGUUUAUUAACCUUGGUGAUGAGCCUACUGGUAACAUUUCGACUGUAAUAUAAAUAUCAUGGGCUCUCUGCACGGCAUACUGGAUUACUAAGUUUCGUUAAUGAUAACCACUUUCGGUCAGUACGAGAAGUUUUCAUAACAAUGAUUACGAGGUAGCUAUUAAAUUCAAUACCUUAAAUCUAUUUGAUGAAACUGAUUAGCAUAACAAUAAGGAGAUUCGCUGGGGAUCGAUCACAAGUGGAGUCGUGAGCAUUCGCCCAGUUUUCUUUUAUACGGGCCACUGAACCAAACCACGUUGAUUACCUCAUUCUUGAAUAUAAAUAAUAAGAAAGUACAACCCUGCACUAAAUAGCUUAGCCUUAUCUCAUUCAGUGUUUAGAUAAUUAUAGAUCUAUUCAGUAACAUCGCUACGUGAAUGGUAUUAAUUCCAAAGGCUAAACAACCAAUAUUAGUAAUUACUCGAAAAUUUUUUACUAUGCGUAAGUUUAAUAGAUGCUAAUAUUUAUUGGGGUCGGAAUCAAACAUUGUUAUUGGAAUUAAUGAUAAGAUUUAAAUCAUGAGCUCAAUAAUGAACAAGUACAGUAUCGAGAUGUGCACGACUUCUAUCAUACUUAGUGUUGAAUGUAUGAUCAGUUUGGCUUAUGCCCUGAGAGGAGUAACGGGCCUGUAUCAGUAAUAUGAUCAAGAGUUUUGAAUUAGGAAUUCUGUAUGAUAAUUUCAGGAAGACCACAUCCUUUGGAAUAUCUAGGUAGAUAAUUCGACCGUCAAUACCAAUAAGUAUAACCAAUAAAUUUGCAUGGAAUGUCUAUCGAGUAUGUUUAAUGUCACAAAAUUAGUAAACUUAUGAAUGUCAACCGGUUAUACGCAAAUUACAACAGCACAAGAUAUCAGCGUAUGUAGUAAUAUUAUUAGUGUUGUUAGAGAUUAAGCAUAAAUCAUAUUAUUUGAGUAAAUAUGAAUUUGUAGAAUAUUUAUGUUUUUUUAAGAUAAUUAGGAAACUUCUGAUCUAAAGGAAGAUAAAGAGUGAAUGCGCGUGGUCCUUCGUGAGUGAUUUUGAGACACGUCAUCUGAAGCUCCUUACUAUGGGUAAAUGUAAAAUGUCUUUGACCGAUAGACAGAUGACCAUAGACAUAAAUACUGAUUCAAGAUGAGUGUAAUAAUCUCUGGAAGGCGGUGUUUCUCGCCUUGAAUAUAUAUUAGUGUAGAGCCUUGAUGAAAAACGAAUUGAACAGUAAUAUUUCUUCACUCAGCUUGUAUUUUGAAUUUAGUAUGCCAUUUUACUUCAAUUUCUGGGAUUUCUCAUAUGGACAAAACAAGUAGGUUUUGUCGGGUUUCAAAUGGGCUCAUUGAAAUAUUCAAGACAAAUCUAAUUGUACGACUUUCAAGUUCAUAUCUUAUUCUCAUAUUAUUAAUGGUUUAAUAUUUAGGACAAUUAGUUGAUUUAAAGCUGGAUUUAAUGAUGAACAUAUGAUGUAUGAUAUGAUAAAUCUGUUUAUUAUUAAGAAUUCCGUCGAUUUGUCAAAAUUAUCCAAAAAACAAUCGUUUGAAAACUAACAAACUUUUAAAUUCCCGAAGAGAUUCUAGUGUUACAGUACUUUAUAGUUUCUUUGCAGAGACUCAACUUUCUAUGUUACAUUCACAGAAAAUCUUAGUAAGAAUAGAUUAUAUUUACCUAUCAUUUUAUUCUAAAUUACCCGAUAAUUAUGGAGUCUAAAAAGAAAGAAAAAAGGUAUGGACUUUCGUGCAAAUGCUCCUCUCAUCAUGAAAUUCUCCCCCUUAAAGAUAAAUACCACAUUUUAUAUGAUUGGCUUUAGCCUAAACCAAAAAUAUCGUAUAAAAGAAUAGGCUAGCGGACUAACAAUUAUCCAGUGCUUUUCCUCGAAUUCUAUCAUUUAUUUACUGAAUACUAAUUUUUUUAAACAUCUCUAGAAAAAUGAGCUAAAAGUAAGAGAGAAAUACAAGUCGAUGUGUUUCAUGGACAGAAAUAAUUUUCUAUAAGGAGUUUUUUUGUCAGUUCGCAAUCCCAUAUUAAAUAAUGAUCGUACAAUCUAGUCAGUCCUAUACCUCUUACCACUUUAUUGUUUGUCAUAGAUUUACAUCCUAGUUUUUCUGUUAAAUUUCUUCCAUUAAAUAGUUCUGGAGUUCUCUUGGAAUAAUAAAUUAAACAUCUGAAAUAAUUAAACAUCCUAUUGAUCACAUUAAAAAAUAUAACAUAAAUUUUCUAUUUUUUACAAUUACCAUUAGUUCUGUUUUCGUGUUAUCCAAUGCAAAGAAGAAGUAUCAUUUCCAUCGAUUACUCAUUGUUAUACUGACAUAAGACAAAUUUUCUGUAUAACAUUUGGUGGAUGAUCAAUAAGAUAUUUUGGAUGUACAUGAUUUCUUCCAGUUGGAAAUUUGUUAGGUGUGAAGUGGAGAGGAAACUACCUUAAAAAAGUAAUAAACAUAUGCUCAGUAGUUCCUGGUAUGAAACUAUGAUUAUAUAAACAACCAAAUCGACAACUAAGCAGUUACCCAUUAACGUCAUUAGAUACUGAUUUCUGUAUAUUCCAAAAAACAGGUUGAAAAUUAAGAAUAAUUGAAUUUCAACUCAGUAGUACGCUGAUAUUACUUUUAUCGUAAAACGUAGAGAUACUUUUGAUACAGAAUAUAUGGAAUGUGUAAAAGUGGAAUACCGGACGCUUAUUUUAUCCCAUUUGGGACUCAUCGGCUGAUGAAUGUACUACCGUCUCUAGCCAUUUAAAAUUCAAUUAGAGGUACUGUAAAUAAUCUUAUAUGAGAUUAUGGUUUAGGACUGAUGUCAAGUUGUAGACUAGGACAAGACAGUUGCAUUAUAGUGUUUAAUAGUUCUCUAUUUAACGCUUGUUGAAUAUGUAAACUAUCAUAAAAAAAUGGAACUGAAUUUACAAGAGUUACGUCUUUUAAUUAUUUUUGACAGUUUUAUUUUAUUUGAUUUAAAUAAACUUCGGUCAUUUCUAUAAAUUGUACAAUUAUUUGCGUCUAAUGACGAAAUCUGUUUGGACAAAAUUACUUAAUAACAUGUUAAAUGUGUAGAACAGUUUUACUAACGUGACGAAGACCUUGAGGCUAUUAAUAACGUUCAUAUUCUGAAUAAAUAUUUAUUUCAAUAGUUGAGAUCAUGAGUCAAUUGAAGCUAGAC